AUGGCCGUGGGGAUCGCGCUGCUCCUCGGGCUGGGGAGUGCCGCCGGCGCGUUCCCUGUCUCCACCGACCCCUCCCCGGUGAUGGGGCUCCUGGGCUCCGACAUGCUCCUGAAAUGCAGCUUCCCCGCGGACCUGCGCGGUGGGGCGAGGGACGAGAUGCUGCUGGUCCGCUGGUACUUCCAGGGGAGGCGAGUGGCUGAGUUGGACGGCAUCCCCAUCACCACCCGGGUGGGCGCCAUCCUGUUCUCCCAGCAGCAGGGCCACGCCCAGGCCUCGCUGCUCCUGCCCGGCGUCACGCUGGCCGACCAGGGCCACUACCGCUGCUCCGAGCGCGAGCACAGGGGCCUCCCCAGGUCGUAUUCCCACUGCCCUGGGUGCUGGGGCCGUGUGUCUGGCAGAGCAGGGGGCCCAGGCGCGGCCCCAGCCCCAGAGCCUCGGCCAGGGCCAGCGCCUGCAGCUGCCGGGGCAGGGGGUCGGCAGGGUGCGGGCAGGGUGCGGCUGGGGAGAUGGCUAGCGGGCAGGGCAGGCAGGAGUCUGCCCUGGAAGCCUCCCCCGCCCAGGUUACUGGACUCCCCGUCUCUGUCUCCCCCAGCACUGCCGCGGGUCGAGGUGCCCAGCCCCGUGGUGCAGAGGGACGAGGACAGCGCCCUGGUGUGCUGCGUGCGGGGGUUUUACCCCCAGGACAUCGCAGUGUCCUGGCUCCGGGACGGGCAGGAGCUAAACGCCUCCGUCUUUGCCGCGCGCCGGGGGCACCGGGACGGGACCUUCAGCCUGGUGACCGUCUACAGAUUCACCCCCACGGAGCGGGAUCUGGGGACGCUGUUCUCCUGCCGGGCACAGCACCCCCUGCUGAACCAGUCCCGCCAGGCCGACUUCCGGAUCGCCUUCAGGGCUGGCGGGCUGGAGAUGGGGCUCAGGGUCCUGCUGUGGGUGCUGCGAGCGUCACUGCUGCUGGCCAUGGCCAUGGGGGGCUGGCUCUACUGCGACACCAGCAGCCAGCCGAGGAAGAUGGUGGAGCAGGUGAUGGAGCAGGCGACGGAGCGGAUCUGGGACCCCCUGCGUCAGAGGUUCCAGCAGGCUCGGGAGGUGAUCUCCUUGUGGAGCAGAUAGGAGGAUCCCACCGCUGCCUGCAGCACCCUGGCUCUCCGUUCCCGCAGCGCUGUCUGUGCCUCCCGUGCCCCCCUUGUCCUGUGGCAUCCGGCGCUCCAGCUGUGACGUUGUGCAGUCUAUGUGGUUUUAUAAAAAUAUGGUAAUGAGUGAAUAUAAUGUAACUGGGAUAUGCUUCAUGCAAAAGGUCUCUUGUAAGGUAUCAUUACAAAGCUUAUAAUCUACUGAGUGUGAUCAUCCUAGUUGUAUAAAUGUACCCACUCUUGUAUCUGAAGCUAGGAAUAUGAAAUAUAACUCUGAGGGCCUAUUGCAAAGUGUGGGCCAUUAAUGGUGGUUUGGAAUCUUAAUGGCUCCCAUCAACCAGGACAAUUGA